AUGGGCUUUCCACUACCACUGGAGUUGAUACAGACUGUGUUGGAGUUCAUUAUUGCCGAGGAGAACGCCAACGUGCCCCCAUAUGUCACUCAGAACACCAAUUUGGCCCCAUAUGCCACUGUCAACCGCGACUGGCAGGCAAUUAUCGAGAGGCAAACCUUUUCAAGCAUCAAGAUCAACACAAACAAGCGACUAGCAGAGUUCAAACAAUUACCAUGGGACCAGUUAUCAUGGAGCCAAAGAAGAAGCCAUAUAAGGGAAAUCCAUUUCAUCGUGGAGCUGGAGUCGUAUGAUGGCGAGGCUCGCACACUGUACGAAAAUGAAGAGGAGAUGCAGCGAAACAGCAAAGUUUUUACCACUUCAAUUCAGUCACUAUUCAAUGCCCUAUCCGAAUGGCCGGACAACGAAGCGGGCAUCAGUCUUUCGAUUAUGGCGCAGUCCCCCGGCGAUAUUAGCGCCCAAGGUCCCGAGGCAAGGAAGCAGCGCGGGUGGGGAAAAUCACGUCUCUUAACUGAUGACAUCUGGGACAAGCGAUAUGAAAGAUCGUAG